AACACAGGUUCCGUGUUGCUGACGAAUUGUCGGUGCUCCGCAUUUUGAACUAGAAGCGGGUUCUGGCGACACUGCUAAAUGCUAAGCGAGACGCAAGUAAUUACAAGAUAAUGCCAUCUACGCUGUAAAUGGGCUGCGCAGCUAUUGAGCAGUGUCAUUUAAGUUUAGUUUAAGGCGGUAAUUAGUUGUAACGGCAUCGGUAUAACGAUAGCCUUCUCAACGGUACAACUGCCGUUCUUUUGUCGUGCUUCUUUAGCUAAACUUGACGGAUUCCACUGACUUCCUCAGACAGGUUCGGGUUGUCGGUGCCGCUAUACACUGCAGUUGACCAUGGACGUGAAGCCGUUAUUUCUCAAGACGUACGGUAAACAAAAGCGGCAGCUGACUGCCUGGAUUUCGACGGAAAACCAAAAGCGGCUCUUUGAUAGCUCGAGCUCCACAGACGGCUCCGUGUUUGAGCCUCCGAAACCCACGAAGACAAGAAGGAAGACUAGUGUUGCCAGUCACAGAGUGGCACGUCCUGCCAGGAAGAAAAAAGCCACGCGACAGCUGAAGAACAGCUCUGCUGAGAAGGACGGCGGUAGAGAACCUGAUGUAGAGAACGUCAUAUUCGCCCCUUUUGCAUAUUCACCACCCGCUCAGCAGAACAAAACCACAAGACGGAAAAAGACCAGUGUCAGGGAUCGAGCUGUUCGUCCUGCCCGGACAAAAAGGAGCAGUGAUGAGGAAAACGCGUGCAAGGCUUCUCCUACUCAUCAUCAGCAGGUUCAACAAAGCAAGACCACCAGUGUUCCUUCUGUGUGCCAUUUUGUAACCCGCCGCAGAUGUGGCGCUGCCACCAAACACCAGCUCCCUAAGAAAAGAAUCAGUGUGCUCAACUCUUCAAAUGACUUUUCCUCUGGAUCUUUUUCUGCCAAAAGGAAUCUUCGACCUAUCAAAAGAAGCAAGGCACCUUCAACAUUUAUUUUGUCCAGUGCAGAGAACUCAGUGAAUGUUGCAGGACCUUCCAGUGUACCCACCAAUCCCCUUCAAGAGAUAUCCCUUAAUGAGUCAUCAGACCCCAGCAAUAGACCCUGCUCCAGGAAACCCAUUUUUUGCUCCACACCCUCAGCAGGCUCCCUCAGAAAACAUCCACGCCUUAAACCCUUUCCUAUCAAUGAUAUGUCCUCUAUGCCCCUUUCUAUGUCUGUAAUCUGCAUUGACAGCCUGAGCACAUUUCAAAACGAUGUGGAUUCUCCAGGUCCCGUGGAUUCUCCAGGUCCCGUGGCCUCACAACGUUCUGUUCCAGCCACUGUGGUCUUCUCUCAUGAGAAGCAGCAUUUGGACCUUAGUAAGAAAGAAAGGGCCCUCUAUCAGCAUAAUGAGCCCUCUGGUGAUUUUUUCAUGGAGUCUAAGACCUCUAACACAAGUGAGGACAACAGAAACCACAGCAAAGAUUCACAGACCAAGAGUGGUGAAGAAUUAUGCCUAAAUCGUCUUUCUUCUAACAAGGAAAGCAGCAGCAGCAAUUUUGUGAACACAACAGGUGCGUUAGAGUGGCUGAUCGAGACUCUGAAGGAGAAGUGUUUGACUGAGCAAUGCAAAGUGGUGCUGGAGAAAUUGGAUAUCUCCUCUCUGAUUCAGCUUUGCAGUCAAACAACCUACUCAUCCUGUUUGGGAGAUGAGUACUUUGUUAAAAGCUUGCAAAACAAUGAACAUCCAGUGUCUGUGGACAGCAGUCAAACUGCUGACCUUCAGCGGUCUUCAGUAGAAUCAGUUAAUACAUUUUUAUCUGUGACAGACAACAGUCGCGGUAAUUAUUUACAGCCAGUAAAUAGUUUUGAUUAUUCUGAACAGGCACCUUUAAAUAACAGUCAAAGCUCUGACGUUUCACCCUCAGCUGACAGUAAGCAGUCAGCUGAGUGCUCAUCCACAAGUAAAUUCGUCAGGCACUCGGCAUCAGUAGUUUCUGAUGAAUCAGUCUUCUACAUAAGCAGCAGUGCUGAGAUUACAAAGAACACACACGAGUCAACCAGCAACACUAUGCAAACAGAGGAUGUUGACGUAAUUAAGGACAAAUGUUGCAUUAAGAAUGUCACAGUACGCCUGAAAAAACUGGCGUUGUCUCAACUGAAUUAUGAACAACUUAAAGAGUUCACACAACAGAAUGAGUCUCAUUCGACUUUUAAUGGGGCAUCUGCUGAUCCUAAUGCAGAGACUGAAAAUGACCACACAUAUAACCUCAACACACCAAAACAUCUCGUAAAUGUAGGUGCAAUCCAGUCUAAUGACCUAGAAACAAAAAAGGUUCCAUUGUCCACAAGAGCUCUGAAGGUGAAUUGUCUGAGUAACAAACUUGCUGUUACUGUACAGAGAUUAACUUUAUCAGAGUUAAGAGAUACAAUGAACACUACAGGCAGAAAACCUAAAUCACCCACAGCUGUAUCAGACCCAGACAGUGACAACCAAUCAGUCAGUGACUCUAAUCACUGUAAUGAAGUGUCUUCAUUACGGCAAUUGACUCAUUCAAAUGAUAAGAUUUCCACUAACACAGAGGGGACACUCCCAACAAGAAGAAAAAUGUCUCUGGCCCGUAAGGAGAGGAAUAGGAGGAGCACAUCUAGAGACCGGCCUGGGACGACAAGGAAAGCAUGUGUGAGCGGCCUCAGUGUGAAUCGCUGGAAAAACAAAAGCAGCACGAGCUUGCAUGUGUCCGGGCGUCAAAGAGCUCCUGAUCAUGUUAAGGCUUUGGACUGCAGCCUAAAUGACCUGAUCUCUCAACACAAACAGCAGCGGGUGCUUGGACCAGCUAUGUCAUUCUCAACCCCAGUAAGGGCGAGUGCGCUCAACCUCUCCUCAGUUUUGGCCGACAUGACGCCAAGUUCGUACACCUGGAGCAGACUUAAAGCCGCCCUCUCUAUUCACCGCAAAGGCAUGGUGCUAUUAACGCCAAGGACUGUGGCAGCGUCCGGCUCUCCUGGAAGGGAAGCUCUAGCAGAUCUCAGCAGGGAUCUCUUCACCUCGCCCUUCCGGACCCCGCUCCCCAAACACCUGCAGUCACAGCUGCAUAGAAACGAUUCUCUGAGUGUGUGUGAGGACCUUUCGGAUGCAGAGAAAGUGUAUGCAGAGUGUGGUCAGCCACGUGCCCUUCCCUGGGAGGAGUGUAUUCUCCCUCACCGGAUGAAAAAGUGUGUAAAGAUAGGAGAAGGGACCUUUGGUGAAGUCUUCUCCACAACCAAUGCCUCAGGAGACACUGUUGCUCUCAAAAUCAUUCCAGUAGAGGGCAGUGAGAAGGUGAAUGGAGAGGAUCAGAAGACAUUUGGAGAGAUCCUGCAUGAGAUUAUUAUCUCAAAGGAACUGAGCAGCCUGAAGGAGAAGCAACACAACCAGACUCACAGCUUCAUUGGACUCAAUGACCUCCACUGUGUCCAAGGCUGCUACCCUCUAGAUUUCCUAGAUGCUUGGGACAGAUUCGACCAACAGAAAGGUUCUGAGAAUGACAGGCCAGAUUUUUUUCAAAAAAAUCAAAUAUUCCUCAUCCUGGAGUUUGAGUUUGGAGGCGUCGAUCUGGAGAACAGCAAUGGAAAGCUGGCAUCUUUGGGUGUGGCGAAGAGCAUCCUCCAUCAGGUUACUGCUGCCCUAGCUGUUGCUGAGCAGGAGCUGCACUUUGAGCACAGGGACCUCCACUGGGGGAAUAUACUGGUCAAAACAACCAAGCAGAAGACGGGAAGCUUCCUCCUGAAGGGAAUGACCCACUCCCUGGAAACCAAAGGGGUUCUGGUCCGCAUCAUUGACUACUCUCUCUCUAGACUGGAAAUCGAUGAACUGACAGUGUCCUGUGACAUCUCAAAGGACGAGGAGCUUUUCAUGGGCCAGGGAGAUUACCAGUUUGACAUAUACAGACUGAUGAGACAGGAGAAUGGAAACAACUGGAGUGACUAUCACCCACACACCAACGUGCUGUGGCUGCACUACCUGUGCUCCAAGCUGCUUUGCAUGAAGUACCGGGGCACACGAGGGAGGGGGGCCAAGGUGCUACGGGAGGAGCUCACUGGCUUCUAUGACGGCGUCCUCCAGUACAGCUCUGCCACCGAGGUGCUGCAACACUGCCCCAUGUUUCAGUAGUGGCACAGGCCACAUAAAGUUUGAAGGCACUUACUGAUCCACUUUCUCUUCUAAAUCAGGUGCAAUGUUAGUGUUUUUAUAGUUGUUGAGUUGUUAGUGUUUUUAUAGUUGUUUUUAGCUACACCAGUACACAUACAAACACGAGCCAUGUACAAAAACAAAAUAUUUUAUUCAAUUUGUUCAUUAAAAUUAUUAUACAUUUUU